GCCCCCGUGAGUUCUACACAUUAACAGCACUCACAAGUUGGGCAACUUGCAACUCAAUGGACAUUCCAAGCAAGGAGAGUUUACCUGACAUGCUGGAAAAUUAUGAGAAAUCUGAAAAAUGCAAAUAUGAAGAGCAGGUUUCUAAGAUGCCAGCACUUACAUCACAAGAAGGCAGUCAGCACUUACCUUCAGAGGAUAAUCACUUAAUGGAGAACCGAUACACAAGGCUAAACUUAUCAGCCCACUAUCGAGAGGAAGUGGGAAGAAAGGCAAAGCAGUUGUUAGAUUAUGGUCGGGUAAAGUAUUUACAGCAGCAGGGAUUCCAGUGUCGUCUUGUACAAUAUGUGUCCAAGGAAAAAACGCUAGAAAAUAUUGCCCUUGUUGCCAACUUUAUUGGAAGUUAGCAUAGUUAUUUGUAUGAUGCAUCAAUAAAAUCAUAUACCUAUAUACAGUUUUUUCAGUGAUUUCAGCAUGUUCAUAACAGUUUAUAUUUUAGUGAAAUAUACAUAAUAUAACCAUUCAGGUAAUAGUCCAAGAUUAUUUAAUAUUUCACAGGCCUAAAGUACUAUUAGGGUUAUUUGUCAUUCUUCAUCUUUGAAACAGCGAUUAAAUUUAGCCAGUCAAUGACUUUAUAUUAUGCUUUUUGACAAACUUUACUAUUAAGCUGCAAAUAUACAUUAUUUUAUAAUGCCAUAGUUGUUGAAUACAAAUUUUAACCAAAAUUCAAAGUACUCAGACAUUCCUGAUGUAUACAUGUUCUUGUCUAGCUGUUGGUAAUUUGAGUCCAUCACAAUAAGAGGAGAGAGGAUUGAGUCUCAAGAAUUACUUUGAUGAAUGGCCUUCACUGAUGUGUUUUCCUAACCACCCUAGAGGUAAGAUAUUCCAUGCUGCAAGGAAAAGGUAAGAUGAUGAUGGGUUAUGGAAGGAAGUGGUGUUGAGCGAAGAACACGAGAAAGGGACUGGGUCGCAGACGAUUUAGCAAAGCAAGUGUCAGUUAAGGAAUCACAGUGGGAAUGUCAAAGAAAUGAAUGGACAAAGCAUGUCAAGUCAUCAAAGGUUACCGAGAUAAUGACUAAGGGCCUGUUUUUGACACACAGGUUUACAGAGAAAAAAUAUAAUAGCAAAACAAGAGUUGCUCUGAUAAGGCAAAAUCAGGUAUUAUAUUCAUGGAAAACACAUGACUCCAUGGGAAAAUGAAGAAGGAUCCUCUGUAAACCACGUGUCGUAAGAAGUGACUAAAAUGCCAGGAGCAAGGGGCUAGUAACCCAUUUUCUUGUAUAAAUUACUAAAUGUACAAAGAAGAAACUACCAUCCUUUUUCAGAUCAACUUCUUGGUGGGAGACAGCUGCUGUGUUAAAAAAAAUAUUCUAUAUAAAGUCAGAGAGCAAACAAAGCAAAUAUUGUAAGGCAGUGAAAAAUGCUUUGAGUAAGUAAGUAAGUAAGUUUAUUCAGUUAUACACAAAUACAGUUACAUAGAAUUAUCAUAUAUAGCAUAACAUAAUCUGUAAGGAGUGAAAACUGAGGCCAACUUUUAUGCUGCUUAAUUACAGUAGUAGCACUAAAUCAGCAGGUGUCAUUAUUAUUAUUAUAAUCAAAAAGAAGCGCUAAGCCGAGCAGGUGUCAUACAGCACCUGGAAACAUGGGAGUCAUUCAGAUAUGAUCCAAGGGCAGGGCAGGUCCAAUUUUUUGGGAGGAUCACGAGCCCCUCACUGGUAUCAAGGAGCCUCCCAUAAUAUACUGUAGCAAUUUAUUUUUAUAUUUAUUUCAUGGGGGGAAGGGGCAGCUAAAUCCAUAAAUUUCAAAGUAUCUUGAUCCAAGGAAAAGGAGGGAGGGUUCCAAUUCUUUGUAUCAAGAGCCCUUCACCAACAUCAAGGCACUUCCGUCCUUCCUCUCCCUAAAGAGACUUAAUAUCGCAGAA